CGCAGUUGUCAGUAGUGCAAGUGUUGUCUGCAGCAACAGAUCACCAAGUCAAGUCGCACGCCAUCUCGCCGCACCAUGACAACCUCCUUGAUUUCAUUGGCGGCAGCAAUAUGUAUUUGCGCAAUGGCCGUGGAGAGCGUGUGGGGAUUGGGCGACAGCGAGACAUCAGAUUCACACAAGAAAGUGAUCAUCCACGUGCCAUCCUAUGAGAAGAUCAUAAAGCACACGCACACUGUCUACAAGAUAAUCGACAAGGGCGGCAAGCACGGCCACAAGCAUCACGGUGAAGUCAUCCACAAGCAUCUGCACGGAGGCCAUGUGGACCACAUCCACAAACACGAGGGCAAGCACGGUCACGAUCACAAGCACAGUGGUCACGCCGGUCACGAUCAUAAGCACAGUGGUCACGCGUCCCACCAUCACGCGCACGCCGGACACGCUGCGCAUGCGCACAAGCAUCACGCACACGCCGACCAUGAGCACAAGCACACUGGUCACGGCGAUCACGGACACCAUCACGGCGGUCACUUCGGCCACGGACACAAGCAUCACGGACACGGCGACCACCAUCACGCCCAUCACGGACACGGUACUCACGAACACAAACAUCACGUCCACGGCCACAAACACGGUCACGGUCACGGUCACGAUGACAUCGUUCGCAUCGGUCAUUUCUACCCCCAAUCUUUCCCUGAAAGCUACCCCCAGUCAUUCCAUCAAGGUUACCCCCAAACCAAACCAAUGAGCAAUUCCUAUAACAGCUUCUUCGACAGUAAAAACAACAGCCCACAAAACAGUUUCUUCGACAGCAAAAACAACCAGGACAGCUACUUCCCCUACUCUGAUAACGUCAACACUUAUGAGGUCAUCGAAGAGGACAAUAAGAGCACCCUUGAUGACACCACCCUACCGCGGUCGAGGCUCUUCCAUACAUAUGGUGGAAACUCCGGCUUUCGAGUGAAUAACAACAUCUUCCAACAUUCAAAUCUCUACCAUCACUCACAUCUAGAUGGUUAUUGAGUAGGUGGGUUAGCAAACUGUUGAUAGUCUAUGGAGCAACAGAAGUGUUGGUCCAAACGUUUAAAGCUCAACUAAUUCUUAAUUAAUUUCUUUGUUCCAAAACUUCUGGUGGAGUUACAAUAAUAAAUUAUUGUGAAACGUUAUUUCUCAAGAGCUCUCUAAGUUAACGAGAUUGGAUUGGAUCCUCCUGUUGGAGGAUACAUUAAUAAUAUUGUACAAAGCAAUAAUUGAACCCAGCAAGAGCUGGAAAUAAGAAAUAUUGCUUCAAUAUUGACAAUUGCUUUUAAAAUUGAAUCGUUCAUAAUUCAAUCUCAAUACAGAGACCUUUCACAUACAGUACAAAAUAAAUAUGCAUGCUGUAGAUUCGGACAAUGAUAAUGUGAACAAAAUUCCAGUACUGAAUAGAUAUUUCUAAUAGUAUGAUCGUUUACACAUUGUUAAAUUCAAUCCAAGUUUACCUAUAUGAAAUCUUAGAAAUUGAAAACUAAACAAAUGAAUGUUACCAGAAAAAUAAUAUUUGAAAUUCAAGUUACCUGAUUUUGGUUGUGGAUUUAAAAGGUUGAGAGGAUAAUUUUCAUUUGUAAUGGAAACUGAGGAAUUCGAAAUCCUAAAAACUUCUCUCAGUAUUGCAACCGUUUGAGUAAUCUUCAACUACAGUUCUUAUGGUAUUGAAGAAACUCCUCGUUUAUGAAGAUUUCUGAUGUUGUUGAUACAUCAAUUUUAACAUCAUUAACAUGCUAAGAUUUAGUAAGGCUACUGCAAUGUACAAAUUAAUUUUUCUCUAAAAAAGUGAUGUCUAGAGCUUAUACUCAAGAAACCAGUAUUAUAAUAAGUGUAAAUAGUUUUUUCUAUAGGAGAUAAUGUUGUUAUGUUUUUAGUAAUUGUACAUAAUGUUGUUUUUCAUUACCAAUAAAUUAGUUCCUUUUUUAUAAUA